AUGAUACUGACUCUCCUUUUAUCCCCAUUCCUUCUUUGCCUUACAGUUUUGUCUGUCCUCAUUCUCAGUUUAGCUCUCCGAUUAUCCUUGCCUUCCUUAGCUCUCCGUUUCUCCUUACUCUCCCUUGCCUUUUGUUUAUCCUUACACCCCUUUUCUCUCCGUUUCCGCUUACCCUCUGUCACUAUUUUGCUCUCCUUUGCCCCUUACUCUCCCUUGCUCACACUUUAUCCUUACACUCCUUUGGUCUCCGUUUCUCCUUACUUUCAUUUGCUCUCCAUUUAUAAUUACUCACCUGUGCUCUCCGAUACCCUUGCUCACCCUCUAUCUUUACACUCUUUGCUCUCCGUUUCUCCUUAUUUCCUUCGCUCUCCCUUUAUCUUUACUCUCAUUUACUUCCCGUUUCUCUUUAUCGACUCUCCAUUCCUUCUUAUUUUCACGUUACUCUCCUUUUCGCUCCUUUUCUCUCCUUUUCUUCAUAUUCUGUCUUGCUCUCCGUUUCCCCUUAUUUCAUUUAUUCUCGUUUCUCCUUACUCUCCUUUUCUCUGUAAUUCGCAUUACUCUCUCUUACCCUCCCUUUCUCCUUAUUAUCUCUUGCUCUCAGUUUAUUCUUUCUCGCUAUUAACCUUGUUUGUCUUUAUUCCCUGUUCCUCUCCGUUUCUCCUUACUCCUCAUUCGCUUCUCUGUACUCUCAGUUUUCCCAUCUAUCUCCUUACUCUUCGUUUUCCUGCCUUCCUUACUCUUUUUCGCUCUGACUCUCCUUUUCGUCCCAAAUCUCUCAUUAUUUUCUCAAUUUCUUUUUUAUUUAUUCUUUUUCAAAUCUGUUUACAUUUCACUGGUUUUCUCGUAAUACCUCGCUAUUUUCUUUUUUACUCUUUACCUCUCAACUCUCUGUUCUUCUUGCAUCCCUUCCCGAUUUCUCCUUCUUUUCCUACUCUCCCCUAA